CUAAAUCGAAUAAAUUCUGGGUGUUGGAACAUUUUUCAAGACUGAGUGCAGAAUACAUAAUGAUUAAUCAGCAAAUCAGGAACAAAACAUCGUAUUUCCGAUAAGCUAAUAAUUUGUGAUUUUAAUAAAAAAAACCUUGAAAGCAUAGCAAUUAGAAGUUAUGAUACACGAUACGGAAAUUGUGAUGAUAUCAAAAUGAUUCUUCAGUUAAGAAACAAAUUCGAACUAAUCUUCAUCUCAUUGUUAGUGAAAGUGAUUUUAUGUCGCACACAGCAGGCACAGAUCACACUGGAGAAAGGAACAGUUGCGGGUCUGAAAGUGUUUCCAGACUCCAGUCGAUCAGCAGUUUACGCCUUUUUGGGCGUUCCUUAUGCUCAGCCUCCAAUCGGGGAUCUGCGUUUUGCUUCACCAAAACCUCACAGAGGUUGGAAUUGGACACUUCAAGCGAAAAGUUUAAAACCCAUUUGUCCUCAACUAACAAAUACAAUUUACGACGAGACUGCAGAUAGUGCAUUUGCACGUCCGGCGCAAAUGUCCGAAGAUUGUUUAUAUCUAAAUAUUUGGGUACCAGAGACAGCAUUACGUUUAGGAAAUUUACCGGUACUGGUAAUUAUAUCUGGUGAAGAUAUGUUAUAUGAUUGGCCCCAUAAUCGCGCAUUUGGCUUUGACUUAGCAUCUGAAGGUAUUAUUAUCGUAAAUAUACAAUAUCGGACAAACAUAUUUGGCUGGAUAAAUUUAUUAAAUUCAAAAAUGUCGGGUAAUUUCGGUUUAGAGGACCAACAGCUGGCACUUAAAUGGAUUAAGCAGAAUAUACAAAAUUUUGGUGGAAAUCAGAAUCAAAUCACAUUACUGGGACAUGGUACAAGUGGUACAGCUUGUGUUAUGGCUUUGUCUUUAAUACAAGAUGUUAGAGAACCGAUUUUCUCUAGCAUCAUUUUAAUGUCACCGAAAGACCUUAUAGGAACUUUGAGUUUAAAUGAAGUUGUUAUGGAAUCAUCAAAAAUUUUGAUUCGAAAGCUCGGUUGUCACUUUGAGGAAGAUGGAGAUCAAUUGCUCAUUUGCCUACGUAUGAAAAGUGUAAGCGAUUUGCAGAAGGCAUUUGAAAGUAUUUAUAAUCACGGAAAUACAACUUUGAUAAUAGGUCCAAUUCUUCAAAUGAACAUAAGAGAUAUCUUAAAAAAUAAACCAUUGGAUUCAAUUUCAUCUAUUCUAAUUGGUAUAACGUCGAACGAAGGUGCUUUUUUACAAGAUUAUUGGUUGGACUUGGCACGCGAAAGCUAUGACGCAUUGCAGUCAUAUAUAAACUUUACUAUUCUACCACGCAUACUGGAAAAAUUUAAUGUGUCUUCAACAUCUAGAACGAAUAUUGUCAAGGAGCUUUAUAUGCGAUAUUUCAAUGGUGAGGCAGGAAGUAAUGUGAUUUAUUUAUUAAAUUCGAUGCAGAGAAUGCUGUCAGAGUUCUUUUAUGAGAUGCCGUUCUAUGACACUUUAGAGACAUUAAUAUCAAAUAAAUUUACUAAGUCUUCUAUAUAUGCAUAUAUAUUUGAUACACCUAAUUCAUUGGAUAUGCGUGGUAAGCUAAACCUUUUCGGUGGUGCUUCGCAUUCCUCAGAUCUACCAUUAUUAUAUGGACAAAGUCUUUUUCAACAAAUAUCCAGACGACGUUUAACAAAUAAUGAAGAAAAACUUUGUCGCCAUAUUCGAAAUGUGUUUCUAAGUUUUAUAAAAAGUGGGAACCCCACAAAUAAUAACUCUAACAUUUGGCUUUCAUAUAAAAAUGAACAUAAAUUCGUUUAUAAUAUUGGUUCUGGAACGGAAAAGGGGAUAGAUACUACUUUUAUUUCAUCAAUGUAUUUAGAAAAUAAUAUCGAAAAAAUUACGAACUUGUUAUAUGCGGAAACAAAUAACAUGGAAACGAGAUUACCUCGACCAAGCCGUAAUGAUUUAGGAAAUAUACACAAUAAUAGCUCAAGAUAUGAGGAAGCUAGUACAAAAAAUCAACAGUAUACAAUUUAUGCUUUGCAUCUAAAACGCGUCUAUGAAUUCUGGAAAAUAUACUUACCAAAUAUUGAAACAUUUGAUAAUGAAUCGGACUAUAAUAGAUUUCAUGGUGCUUACAGUUAUCGUAUACGUCUAUUAGAAGCUUCAGCAGAUGCUGCAAGAUAUAAACAUGGAUUUUUUGUAAUGCUGGGAUUGGUUGUUGUACUUUUAGCCAUUCUUGCGGUUUGCGUACAUUUACUUCGAAGUGGUGCAAAUGACAUUCCCUCAGAAACAAAUUUGUUCUGCUCAUGACGAAAGUGGUUUC